CCGUUCGAUUCGUGCCGUGCGUUUUUUUCAAAAAUACAUAAAUAAAUUUUAGUUCAAACUUGGAAAGCAAACCGAAAUUAAAUGACAGUGCACAGUAAUGAAACCGGUGUCUGUUUAGUAAUGAAUGCCGUUUCAACUCGCCUAGCUGCUUCAUCGCCUACCACGCCCUCUUCGAACGCCGCACAGACGCCGCAUACGCAGCCCACAGCGACAGCAACGUUGACUCCUCUGCCAGCGCUAGCGAAUCCCACAACCGCCACCGGCUCCGGCUCUGGCUCCGGCUCAGGCCACGGUCCGGGACCGUCGUUGACCGCCGCCGUAGCCGCCGCUGCCGCCGGCCUGCCCACUGGUUUGCCUUUGCCAUUGACCGUACCGGGUCCCGGCAUGGUCACCUCCACAGUGCCGCCGGGCGCACGCUCCGGCUCGCCAUGCGCAUCAGCCGUAACGCCGUACGGCUCCGCCUCGGCCGGCAGCAGCAGCGCCGGCGCCGGCCCCUCCACGCUGCCAGCUGUGGGCGUCGGUCCGCCACCGGGCGUGCCGCCAGCGCCCGGAUCGGGCAACCCGAAUCCGAACCGCUGCUGUGAUACCGGCCGCACCAUCUACACGGAUCCCGUCAGCGGACAGACCAUAUGCUCCUGCCAAUACGACAUGCUAAACUAUCAGCGCCUGGCCGCAGCCGGCGGACUGGUCGCCGGACCCGGCGGCGUGCCGCUCGGCGUCUAUCCCGAGGGCAUGUCUGCCUACCUGUCGGGCAUCGCCGCCGAUCAGCCACCAUUCUACGCUAAUCCGGCUGGCAUCGAUCUGAAGGAGAAUCUAGUGGCCGGCGGAGCACCCUGGCCAUAUCCAUCGAUGUAUCAUCCGUAUGACGCAGCCUUUGCCGGUUAUCCCUUUAAUAGCUAUGGCAUGGACCUGAAUGGGGCCAGGCGAAAGAACGCCACGCGCGAGACGACGUCCACGCUGAAGGCCUGGCUAAACGAGCACAAAAAGAAUCCUUAUCCCACAAAGGGCGAGAAAAUAAUGCUGGCGAUUAUCACAAAAAUGACGCUGACCCAGGUGUCCACCUGGUUCGCGAAUGCGAGAAGAAGACUGAAAAAGGAGAACAAAAUGACCUGGGAGCCCAGGAAUCGAGUCGAUGACGACGAUGCCAACAUCGACGACGACGAUGACAACGACAAGAACACGGAGGAGAAUGAUUUGCUAGAUGCCAAGGACUCGGGCCUGGGCUCAAACGACGACAAGGAGCGCAUGGGGCGACUGGGCGACAUGAUGACUGACCGUCCCGGCGAGAGCAACAACAGCGAGUGGUCCGAGUCGCGGCCUGGCUCGCCGAAUGGAUCGCCGGACCUGUACGACCGGCCAGGCACCCAUCCGCUCUUCCAUCCCGCCGCCCUGCAUCACCACUUCCGCCCCCCGACAGGCUCGCCCCCAGACAUCGCCGCCUACCACCACCACCAGCAGCAGCUGCUGCAGCAGCACGCCCAGCAGGCGCAGCAGAACUCCCUGCAAACGGCAGUGGGGGCAACUGGCGGCAGUCUGGCCGUCAAGCCGCGCAUCUGGUCGCUGGCCGACAUGGCCAAGGAUGGCAAGGAGUCCAGCUCAGGCAAGGAAAGCUCGCCCGCGGGCGAACUGCCGCCAUCCCAGCCACCGUUCUACGGGCAUGCGGGCCAGCACCAGCAUCCGUCUCCUGGCAAGAUACUCUCCCCGCUGGCCGCUCGCAUACCCAACUAUGCGCCGUACGUGCGUCCGGAUCUGUACCGCGGCUUCUACGGCCCGGCGGCAGCAGCUGCCGCACACCUGAGCGCGCCCACGCAGGAGUUUCUCGAGCACCAGCGGCACUUCGGGGCCAGCUUGGCGGCGCACAACGGACUCGGCAUGAAUCCGCUGCUGUGGAAAGCGGCCGUAUCGGGCGCAGCCACCGGACAGCACUUUGCGCCGCUCAGCCUGACGACCAGCAGCAAUGUGGGCGCAGCGCAGGUGGCACCGCCGCCAGGUGCGUCGCCCUCCGCCUCCAGCUCGUCCUCGUCUAUGGGCUGCGAUGUGGUGCACAUACCCACCAGCAGUGCCCAUUCGGCGGCACAGCACAUGAUUGGCCCCAUCUCGAGCAACUCGACUUCGUCGUCGUCGUCCUCCAAUUCGGGCAAGAUCUCGCCUGGUGUGAAUGUCACCAGCCUGAGCGGCAAGCCAUGACACCCAACGCAGCCAGAU